AGUUCGACUCUGGAGGAUCAUGAAGGAAGAGGCGAGAAAAAAUGAUCUUGGAGUCAAAUUGCUCAGAUUCUGUCAAAUAGUCAGCCACUGAUAAAAGUAUUGUGAGCACUUUGUCCGGUUUUAUAGUGAAUUUUAUAUAACAUGUUCAUGUUGUUUUUGUGCUAAAUUGUAAUUAAUUCUGUGAGAUGAUGAAGAGUUCCAUGUGCAUCGUCACAAUUCUCAUCAUAUACGGCAGAGUUUCAGUAGGGCUUGGGAGAAUUUCCGAUGAUUCUAUAACGAAUCGUCUGGAUUAUGUGAUUGAAGAGGUUUUUCUAAAAGCGCCUGAGAAGCCCGAAGGGGCUCCUGAACAAGUUCCUGGAGAAAUAGGUGAUGCAGGGACCUUUAUUGAAUACUAUCUUGUGGGGAAUAAUGCAUAUCUGCACAAUGACUAUCUGGGAUGUGCUUAUUUCUUUGAGAAGGCUCUGCAAGAAUAUAAAGAUUAUUCAGCGGUUGUGGCCAAUUGUAGGAUCACGUGUGAAUAUGAGAAAAAUAAUGGUAAACCCCUGUAUCCAGAAAAUCCAGAGAAUAUUCACUUUUAUGAUGGAAUUGUGAGAAAAACUCUAUGCCUGAAAAAAUGCCUGUUUCGAGAUCUUUCUAAAGCUUAUAGAUUCUUUGAAGUUGAUGACACAUUCCGGGAGAUAUUUCACAGCAGAAAGGCUUAUGAGUAUCUUCAAUUGUGCCACUAUAAAAAUGGUGACAUUGACAAGGCUGUCUCAGCUGCUACAACAGUACUGGCUAUGUUUCCUGAACACAAGCUCAGUGUCAGCAAUCUCAAGUACUACACAACCCUUCCGGAAUUUCACAAAAGUUUCCUGAAGGAUCUGGAAGAGAAACGUUUUGUUAAGUAUUACCUCAAGGGCAUGGAUUUGUACAGAGAAUCUAAAUGGAAAGAAUCUAUAGAAGAAUUUGAAAAGUCCUUGCAGACCUUUGUCCAGGAAGAGGAUAUUUGUCGAGCUUUCUGUGAAGGGUCUUUCAAUCAAGGAUGGCAUCCAGACUUAGCCACUUCAACAGCUAAUCACUUUACUUAUUGCUUGAGAUGCAAGAGGAAUUGCACGACAGAUAUGAGUAUUGUUGGGUCAGAAAAGUACCCAGAUGUCUUUCCCAGUCACUAUGAAUAUCUACAGUUUUCCUACUUUAAUAUUGGACACAUCGAAGAAGCUAUAAAGUGUACAGUAACAUAUUUGCUAUUCUUUCCUGAGAAUCAAAUGAUGUUGGACAAUCUCGAGUUCUAUAAAAAACAUCCAGAAGCCAAAGAUGACUUUUUCACAGUGAGAAGUGAAGCCCUCGAAUACUAUCAGAGAGCCCGAUAUGAGAAAACUCUUCUUCAAUUUAUUAAUGAGGAAUUUACAAAAUUCUUCGAGGCGCAGAAAACCAAAGAAGCUCUUAUGGAAACAAAUUCGAUAUAAAUUAUUUAAGUCGUAUAAUUGUUUUUUUUAUAUUUAACUUUCUUACGAUAAUAAUAACAUCGUUUGUAA